CUAGUUAUUUGUUUUGAUGAUAAAGAGUUAUAAAUCUGUGCCACAGACGCACACAUGAACAUACAUUUUACUUUAUGUCACAAAAGUUUCGACUUUAUCUCAUACAUCUGUGUGUUUUCCGCGUGAUCAACCGAAUCAACAAACGACAGUGCACAUUCAGUAGCUUUUAAUAAUACUAGAUUUGUCUUACCUCGAAGACGCACCACAAACUGUUUCAAAUAAUAAUGGAAGACAAUCAGCGAGCUAAAUUUGCUGAGUGGGAGAGCAAUGAAGAUAUCAAAAUAUUUCGAGAAUACAUCAAAAUUCCGUCAGUUCACCCAAAUGUAAAUUACGAUGAGUGCGUCGAGUUUUUAAAAUAUCAAGCUGCAGUACUGGAGCUGCCAUGCAAGGUCAUUCAGAUCAACCCGGAAAAACCCGUUGUCAUAAUGACGUGGACAGGCACAGAUCCGGCAGCAAAGUCUAUACUUUUAAAUUCUCAUAUGGAUGUUGUGCCUGUUUAUCCAGACAAAUGGACUUAUCCACCUUUUUCUGCGCACAUGGACGAACAAGGUCGAAUUUACGGUCGUGGAUCGCAAGACAUGAAAUGCGUUGGAAUACAAUUUUUGGGAGUCAUUCGUGCACUAAAAAUAGAAAAUUGCAGAUUGAAGAGAACCCUUCAUGUAGUUUUUGUACCAGAUGAGGAAAUCGGCGGUGUCACAGGCAUGAAAGAGUUUGUAAAGACGGAUUGCUUCAAGGAACUAAACUGUGGAUUCGGCAUUGAUGAAGGUUACGCUUCUGAGACAGAUGUAUUCAGACUAUUUUACGGCGAACGCACCAUGAAACCUAUGAUUUUUACCAUAAGUGGAACUGCUGGGCAUGGGUCUCUUCUUCUAGAAAAUACCCCAGGCGAGAAAGCUGGAAGAUUAAUUGAAAAAAUAAUGACGUUUCGUCAGCACGAAGAACAUCGUUUGAAAACAAACAGCGAAUUAACACUCGGCGAUGUAACAACUAUUAAUUUGACAAUGAUUUCGGGAGGAGUGCAAACUAAUGUAGUCCCUCCGGAGUUCAAACUUUGUUUCGACGUACGGCUAUCACACAAUAUAGGGUUGAGUGAAUUCGAACAGCUUGUGGAGAAAUGGUGCGUAGAAUCUGGAGGCGGAAUAGAAAUUGCAUACGAUGAUUAUCCUUUCAUUCAAUCAACGAAACUUGACGAAUCCAACCAAUUUUGGAUUGCAUUUGAGCAAGCUAUACAAAAUAUGAACUUGGAAGUAAAGCCACAAAUUAUGCCAGGUGCAACGGAUAUCCGAUAUAUAAGAGAAUUGGGGAUACCAGCAAUCGGAUUUUCACCAAUGAAUAACACUCCAGUUUUACUGCAUGAUCACGACGAGUACUUGCAAGCUGAUAUUUUCGUCAAAGGUAUAGUGAUUUAUAAAAAUAUUAUAGUAGCUGUUGCUAACGCGUAGUUUUAAACACCAAUAUAAUUCAGUUCUUCCAUAAAUAUGAAUAUGUAAUGAAUAAAUUAUCCUUCUUAAAGAAAACACGUAACA